UUUAGCUCUAAUAAUUAUGUUAACAUAACGACUAUCAUUUUCAAUACAUUUGGUUAAUAUAUUUACUUGAUGAUCUCUAGGCCUAUAAUCAAUAAAUCAUGACAUUUCCAAUAAUUAUUUUUAAUCUCACAACUCAAAUAAAGACCGGAGGUAAACAAGGCUUCAGCACACUAACCACCUUCAUCUUUUCGUAGUGUGCUGCCUCAGUCCGAACGUAAUAACCUGGUGACAACGAGGUUACUGCAUGCUUUGAUUUUUUUAAAUGGGAGGAAACGGAGAAGGAACGGGGAAAUAACGGACCAGUAACUCAAUCUGUGCGUUGGGCUGGAGAACAGUAGCAAGCAGCAGCAACAGCCCUGUACGAGGUCUCUACCCGGUGUCUGUCAUUACAAGCUGUGAGUAGCUAAUACAAGCUGCGCGCGCUCCGCAUCUCCACUCUAUCCGGCCCUUUUCACUCAAGGCAUUCUCUGUGCGCACUUUACCAUGUAGCCAGACGCACAGAGUCGUUCCGCAUACAUUUAUUUAUUUUCUUGCGUAGACACAUUUUCAAUGAUCUCGAUCUUUUUUACCAUUUAUUUCAGCAUGAUGGCAAAUUAUCAAAGGUUGGUUAUUUUGAAAGGUGAAUUCAAAUGGCAGAGAGCUGUCAAACCUCGUUUCGGCUGAACGUGUUGGAGAGGUGUUUGAGAAGGUUUCAUGGUGGGAAAUGAAGACCCAGUGAACUCAGAUAAAUGGAAUAAAGUUUAACAUUGGAUUAUAUUUAAUCGAUUUUAAAGGUGGGAUGUCAUAGUCAGAGUUCCUUGGAUAUCUGAGAGACAUUGAGGAACCACCAGAGCAACCAUGGACUCCUGGGUGUUCCCCUCCACGCUCCCCAACCUAACCGAAGAACCCCUGAUGUACGACAGCUUUAUUCUGGGCAACGAGUCAACGGAACCCAAUGGUACCUAUAUGGGCGACAACACGUUCAACCAGACCAGCACCAUGGUCAUCACCUUCCUCUACUUCCUGGUGUGUGGUAUCGGUCUCUGUGGCAACGCCCUUGUGAUCUACGUCAUCCUGCGCUACGCCAAGAUGAAGACGGUCACGAAUAUUUACAUCAUGAAUUUGGCAGUCGCAGAUGUUCUGUUCAUGUUGGGGUUACCGUUCAUCGCCAUUCAGCUGGCGCUGGUCCACUGGCCGUUCGGUGCGGUGCUGUGCCGCGUGGUCAUGACCGUGGACUCACUCAACCAGUUCACCUCCAUCUUCUGCCUUAUGGUCAUGAGCAUCGACCGCUACCUGGCCGUGGUGCACCCCAUCCGGUCCACCAAGUGGCGCAAGCCACGUAUGGCCAAGACCAUCAACCUGGCGGUGUGGGGGGUGUCACUCCUGGUCAACCUGCCUAUCAUAAUCUACAGCGGUUUAAUCACCAAGCACAACAGUUGCUUCUGUACCAUCGUGUGGCCGGAGCCUGAGGAGGCCUACUACACCGCCUUCAUGUUCUACACCUUCGUCCUGGGUUUCUUCCUCCCGCUCAUGGUCAUCUGCCUGUGUUACCUUCUCAUCAUCAUCAAGGUGAAGUCGUCAGGGAUCCGUGUCGGGUCCACUAAGAGGAAGCGCUCGGAGAGGAAGGUGACCCGCAUGGUGUCCAUCGUGGUUGCCGUGUUCGUCUUCUGCUGGCUGCCCUUCUAUGUCUUCAAUGUGACGUCGGUGACAGGAACCAUCUCCACCACGCCCUUCCUGAGGAGCACCUUUGCCUUCGUGGUUGUCCUGGGUUACGCCAACUCGUGUGCCAACCCCAUCCUUUACGCGUUCCUGUCGGAGAACUUCAAGAAGAGCUUCCAGAACGUUCUGUGUCGGAAGAAGGUGGGCGGCCUGGAUGUGAUUGAGCGCAGCGACAGCAAGCAGGACAAGUCGCGCAUGAUGAAUGACCCCACGGAGACUCAAAGCACGCUGCUCAAUGGAGACCUGCAGACCAGCAUUUGAUGCUUGUUAAUUCUAACGCAUCCCAUAUGUGUGAUCUAUACAGACAUCUUUGAUUUCACAUCAACUCUCCCUCACCCUCACAAGCUCAUCACACACAAACAAAUAAACUAACAAAACACACACACACACACACACACACACACACACACACACACACACACACACACACACACACACACACACACACACACACACACACACACACACACACACACACACACACACGUGUUUCUGCAGGUGGAAUUGGUCAUCCUGACCUGUUAUCAUGCCCUAUGAACAGCUCACAUAUGGAGAGGGAUUGUAGUUUAUCUCAUGGUGUGAUAUUUUGUAAGCAUUUUCUUCUCCCUGUGGACGAGGUGAAAAAAUGCCAAAGGAACUAAGCCCUCAUGGUGUCUGCUCCUCAACGGCUGUUAUCACGUUCUUUAUGUCUCAUAUCUCUGUUUAUCAACUCUCUCUUUACUUUCUCAAAAGACAUACAAUGACAUGACAUUGGGUUUUCCUGGUCGUAAAACCCAUACAUUGUGAUAUAUUCAUAAAGGAGAGAAUACUAACUGUAGUUGUGACUUUGCUUUCUGGUGUUAGGGUGGAAAGCUGAAGACGUGUACUGAGUGUAUUGACGCUAGUGGACAGUGACAGGAUCAUGUGAGGACCAGAACAGGGUUGUGUUCAUUAGGCCCCAAAUGGAAGAAAAGGGACUGAACCCGGGAAGUGCUACCUGAACUUGUCUAAUAAGAAACAUGUGUUUUCCUCUGCAGAGCAUUUUGACAUGUUGUGUCCUGAUAAGUCCCAGACCGUUACCUACGGUUACUGAUUGACAGCAGAUGAGACUUAACCAUGGAGAACAAGGAUUCCCUGCACAUACGUUUACACUAGCAGGGAGAACCUCCACCUCAAUCUGUAUCUUUGUCACAUUGUCCUGUAGCCGAGAUAAAUAACAGACUAGGACGUAGGAAGUAUGCCAAAGUGAGACUAGGACUAUAGCAGACUCACUGUGUGCGUAUUGUCUGUUUACAAAGAUUGUGUGUCCAAAAUGGUGGGCUCUGCAGAAUGUGGAAUUAGUAACAUGCCUCUAUUCUUAGAUAGAGUAUUACUUAACACAACAGUGAGCAGCAGGCCACAUCACCUCUGGAUCAUUACACCAAGGUGUAGUUUGGUUAUCUAAUGACUUACUACAGAGAGAGGAGGAACAGUAGAUAUACUGGAACUACUUUGAAAUGACAUAAAAACACAUGAUAUCCCAAAUGGUUAAGUUGCAGGCACAAGCCCUGCUGAGACCGAUGCUGUCCAAAUAUGGACUCUGUAAAGUCGGUUUAACAUUAUGGUUGACCUUAGUGCUUCUUUUUUUAAUCUCAGAAAGACACAUAUUUGCUGUGGACAAAUAUUCAGCAGUGAGUCAUGGACCAACAGCAAAGAGCUGAACAGAGUUACAGAGUUGGAAUCACAUGACCUAAUGAUGCCUCUAUGAAUGCACCCUUACUAUGUAAUUGAACAGUUUCUCUCUGUGUGUGUGAGAGAGUGAGUGUGUGUGUGUACACGUGUGUGUGUACUGUACAUACAGUGUUUUAUUUGAUACAGCAUUCAGUCCAAGGCCAUGAUUUGUUAAAGUGUAGAAUGAGUAGAUAUUGUACCCAAUAUGGAUACCAGGUGACCUCACCAGGAAAAACUCAAGGCCCAAAUUAUUAUUAUAGCCCCGUGUUUCUUGGUCAGGUCACAUGAUCAGAAAGGGUGCAGAGUCCUACUAUAGAGAGGAAUGCUGACAUGUUGUUAUAUUGACGAUAUUAGCAUGGCAUCGACCAAGGCUAAUCACUAACCAGACUGCUGCUAGACUCUAUAGACUCCAACGUGUGCUGUAAUUGUCAAGUCAACAUUGUUAUGUCGUGGUUGAGAAUCAAUUCAUUCAUUUUUCGUCUAAGCUGAAUAGAACUGUUUGGUAGUUUAGAUAGCAAAGACAAUGCAUUUUUCAAUCACUAUUGUCCAGUCCGAUUUGAAACCAUCACGUCACGUUUCACGUCAUUCAUAAAUUGUUGCUCUUGCUUUUAUGUUGCUGUUACAGAAUAAUGUCCAAGAAAGACCAGUCUUUGCUUCAGCAGGUAUUGAAUAAUGUAGUGUUCUUCAUUGCUGAAAAUUAAGCAGCGCUAACCUGUUUCUCUGUCAAGCAACAUUUCUUCAAAGCCCAAAGAACAAAUCCACAGUCUGAUCAGUUACAGAUCAAAAUGGCAGUUGUCAAAAACACUGCAGGUCAUGCUACAAACACCGAUAAAUCUCUACCG